CCGAGCCCCGGAGCAGACUGCAGUCUCCAUCCAGCCCGCUCCUCCUCCUCUUCCUCCUCUUCCUCCCUGCACUCAUGACUUUCACCCCAGUGCUCGCGUUCCUGGCCCUGGUGGCUUCGGCCGGAGGAAGUGUUGGGCCGAGCUCCAACCACAGCUUCUGCACAGAGUCAAAGGAAUGUCUCCAAUUUGAGCUCGUCUGCAAAACAGAUGAAUAUGAGGUGCGACACUACAGCCCCACACGUUGGGUGUCCACUGAUGCCGAAGCGUAUUUCAUGGGAGUGGGUGCAGCCAUGGCUUUCAGGAGACUCUUCCAGUACAUCACUGGAGCCAACGAUGGAGGCGUCCAGAUGGACAUGACUGCUCCCGUCCUGGUCAAGAUCCCAGAGGAGACCAGGAUGUGGGAGCCGGCGAUCUACACGCUGAGCUUCCCACUGCCGGCCGCCUACCAGGACAAACCCCCCACACCCACCUGUGACAAGCUGUAUUUCACGGAGAUGCCGGAGAUGGACGUGUACGUGAGGAGCUACGGAGGCUGGAUGCUGUCGGUCACCUCCCGGCUUCAGUCCCACAUGUUGACCAAGGAGCUGCAGAGAGUCCGAGCCUCGUACAACCACAGCUACCACUACGGAGUCGGCUACGACAGUCCCUUGAAGCUGUUGAACAGGCACAACGAGGUGUGGUAUGUGGCCGAGGGGGAGCCAGUUUGCGAGGAUCCAAAAGAACCCACCCCCGCUCACACACCCAGGGCGCCCCUGACCGACUCGCCCACGCUCCCUCCCUCCGACCCUCUCCCUCACACACUCUCCGACUCCCCCGCACUCCCCCCCUCCAACUUCUCCUCCUACACGGCGGCCAACUCCUCGUCACCGGCGCCGUCUGACCCUCCCGCUCUCACCCCAUCCGACCUUCCUCCCAGUCCCUCAUCCCACCUGCCCACAGACGCCGGCCAUCCUCCCACCACCGCCCAGAUCCCACUGGACCCAACGACCAUCUCCUCCGACGCCGACACCGCGACCCCCUCCCUGGAGCCCCUGUCGGACGCUGCCCUGUGGAACAGCACGGCCCACAGCUCCGUGGACCCACAGACUGACAGCAGCCCCGCGGUGGAGCCAGACAACGCUCAGUAA